UAGGUAUGAAUGAGGUGGGUCUUGACGCUCACCGUAUAAGCUACAAUUGAAAUUCCAAUGCUAACCAACUUUAGCCAGCGUGCUAAUAUUGUCAUUUAGCGAUUUUGAUGAACUGCAUGUAUCGCGUGAUGCUGGACUUUAAUAUGUAAAUGGUAUUUGUCUCCAAAACGGACACUUUGUACAAUUAGCUUUGAAUGUUUUCUGCUGCGCGUGUCUCAACCACCCGACACCAGGACAUGUCCAGUUAGCCCGGACGCAGCAGCCGUACUACGAAAACGAACCUGGCGAGCUAGCCCAGAGGAGCAAAUUUAAAAAAAAGCUCGUUUGGACCGGGGGGCUGCUGUGUGUAAUUUGAACAGGCUUCAUCGCUCCGAGAGACAGUAAAGCCGGAUGUUGUGACUGCCAUGAGUCCCGCAGGCUGUCCUCAUGUUAACGGCUUCAAAGUGGACAACUGGAAGCAGAACCUGAGGCUUAUUUAUCAGUGUUUCGUGUGGAGCGGUUCGCCUGAGACCAGAAAACGCAAGGCCAAGUCAUGUAUCUGUCACAUGUGUGGCGCCCACCUCAACAGACUCCACUCCUGCCUCUACUGCGUCUUCUUUGCCUGCUUUGCCAAAAAACAUAUCCACGAACAUGCCAAGAACAAGAGGCAUAACCUAGCUAUCGACCUGCUGUACGGGGGAAUUUACUGCUUCAUGUGCCAAGACUACAUUUACGACAAAGAGAUGGAACAGAUUGCCAAAGAGGAACAAAGGAAGGCCUGGAAGAUGCAAGGUAUCGGGGAGAAGUACUCAACAUGGGAGCCCACAAAGAGGGAGCUGGAGUUGCUUCGCCACAACCCCAAGAGAAGGAGAAUCACCUCCAACUGUACAAUAGGCCUGCGUGGUCUUAUAAACCUGGGCAACACCUGUUUUAUGAACUGCAUCGUGCAGGCGCUGACACACACUCCGCUGCUGCGCGACUUCUUCCUGUCUGACCGACACAAAUGUGAGAUGCAGAGCAACUCAUGCUUGGUGUGUGAGAUGUCCCAACUCUUCCAGGAGUUCUACUCAGGCCAUCGCUCCCCUCACAUCCCGUUCCGCCUCCUGCACCUGGUGUGGACCCACGCCCGGCACCUGGCCGGCUACGAGCAGCAGGACGCCCACGAGUUCCUCAUUGCUGCGCUAGACGUGCUGCACCGGCACUGUAAAGAUGACAACGGGAAGAAAGCCAACAACCCGAACCACUGUAACUGCAUCAUUGACCAAAUCUUCACAGGGGGCCUGCAGUCUGACGUCACCUGCCAAGUCUGCCAUGGUGUUUCAACAACCAUCGACCCAUUCUGGGACAUCAGCUUGGACCUGCCAGGCUCCUCCACACCGUUCUGGCCCCUCAGCCCAGGUGGAGAGGUGUCAGCCCUUAAUGGAGAGAGUCACACCACUGGAGCCACAACACUCAUGGACUGUCUGCGCAGGUUCACCAGACCAGAGCACCUCGGCAGCAGUGCCAAGAUCAAGUGCAGCGGUUGCCAUAGUUACCAGGAGUCCACYAAGCAGCUGACCAUGAAGAAGCUGCCCAUCGUGGCCUGCUUUCACCUCAAAAGGUUUGAGCACUCGGCCAAACUACGGAGGAAGAUCACUACUUAUGUCUCCUUCCCACUGGAACUAGACAUGACCCCCUUCAUGGCCUCCAGUAAAGAAAGCAGGAUGAACGGACAGUACCAGCAGACUGUGGACCCAUUCAACAAUGACAAUAAGUACAGUUUGUUUGCAGUGGUGAACCAUCAGGGGACACUAGAGAGCGGCCAUUACACCACCUUCAUCCGGCAGCACAAGGACCAGUGGUUCAAGUGCGACGACGCCAUCAUCACCAAGGCCAGCAUCAAGGAUGUGCUCGAUAGCGAAGGGUACCUUUUGUUUUACCACAAACAGUUUCUGGAGUACGAAUAGUCGGCAGCGCCGUGAGAGGAGCAGGAGUAGUUGCACCGAAGUAGCUGAAGAGUGAAGUGGGAGGCAAGAUAACAGAAACACACUCCAGUUCCAACUCUAACAUGGAACCACCCCUUUCUACGUCCUUAACUAGUCUCACUGUCUGCUGUGCAGAAUACAACAACAAAUAAAGAAGUCUCGUUCAAAAAUGCUAGAAAACUAGAAGGGAGAUUUGUGUACUUGACAAUUCAGGGCAUGAAGAAGAAAGAAGCUGUGAAAGUUUGCACUUGCUUUCAGAUAAUGGAGGGAAAGUGUCGACGUGUUUCCCGCUCAUCAGGCACAGAUUUGUGCAACUUUUUCUUGAUCCUAAAAGCUUUUUUUUUGUUGUUUGUUUGUUUCUUUGUUUCACCUGCUUCACGCUUGCACAGCUGCUUAUAUUUAACAUCCAGGGGUGUGAAGAAGCAGAGCUGAACUGUACCUGCAAGGGUUCAAACAGGCAACUUCCUGGACACAAGCACAUCUGUUGAACACACCCUUUCAGUAGACCAAAUAUAGAAUUUGUCUUGAUUAUGAUACAUUUAGUUGUUGUUUAAAGUAAAACUGAAGGAAGGAGAGAUCUAUCAUGUCACAAAUAGUGUUCCAACAUUUAUUCCAUUUAUUAUUUCAGAGUUGUAAAAUAGAUACUCUUGGGGAGGAAAAACACUCUCAGAAAAUAUGAAGGAAUUUUUUUUCUGCCUCACUUCCAGCUUCCAACAAUUAAAGAGGAGAACCAGAUUAUCCGGUGAAUAUAUUUUUAUACAUCUUGCAUUGAAUCGGUUUGUUUACGGUUCCUCUUGAUACCUUAACGUCGUUCGUCUGGGUUCAGUCGUGCCGUCGAUCAUGUUUUUGUAAACAAAAGGCAAAUUAGUACAGAAUUUUUUGUGAAACUGCUGCUAUGGCUGUUCUUUCCUUCCCUUUUCUUUUACAUUAUGAAGCUUUGUUUUCUUACAAAAAAAACACUUUUUUUCCCACCUUGAAGACACAUUUGUGAUGAUGCUGUUUCAGGCAAACAGCUAAAUAAAAAAGAGUGAUGUUUGUUUAUUGGGUCAGAAGCUGCAGUGUUAACUGUUGACUGCAUGUUGCUAAAAUUGAUCUGUGUGUGUGUGAGUGUCCAACAAUGGACCUGAGUAGGUGUAUAAAAUGUGUUCUUACAUGUACAGAGACAAUAAAAGAAAAUGUGUGAAAUCCUGUUUGUAUGCACGUGUGUCGUGCGUAUGCAGUGUAUGUUUGUGUACUGAAUCAGUACUUGCAUUCAGCAUGCCGUCUGAGCUGGGUAUCACAGUUUGAUUUUUUAAUUUUUGUUUUGUUUUGUUUUGUUUUCCUUUCACAUGUUGAUGAUGAUUAUGUUCGAAGUGUUUGUAUGUGUGAGGCAAACGGUGAAACUUUAAAGUUGAUGAAAGUUGUUAUUCUACACUGCUGAAUCCAGCUGCAGAAACUCGACCUGAAGCUGGUCGAUCAUUCCUUCCACACAGCUGUUACUGCUGCAAGAACUGGAUACAGUGAUGGAAAUCCACUCAAAUAAAGUCAAAUAUGUCCAAAAA